AGUGUUAAUUUGAAAAAGUAUCUGGAGUUCCUCACUUAGCAAAAGAAAUGGGUCCAACAAGUUUUGCCAUCCAAGUUCCCAAGGGGAAAGAUAUGAGCAUCUUCUUUCUUUCGGCAUUGCUAUUCUUUUCCACCCUGCGAAGCUGCUACACAGAUGAUCCUAGUCCGCUGGAAAAGUGCUUCCAGGAUGCCGAGUAUGAGAAUUAUCUAGAGAUAGCCAAGAACGGGCUGGGCAAUGCAUCGCACCCAAGACAUGUGCUGAUCGUGGGAGCAGGCAUGGCAGGCCUCAGCGCAGCCUACACUCUCACAGAAGCUGGACACCAGGUGACCGUUCUUGAAGCCAGCAACCGCGUGGGGGGACGAGUGGAGACGUAUCGAAAUGAGCAAGAAGGCUGGUAUGCAGAUCUGGGGCCCAUGCGUUUGCCUCAGGCACACAGGAUUGUCCGCGAAUAUGUCAGAAAGUUUGACCUGAGUCUGACGGAAUACUUUCCAGAGGAUGAGAACGCCUGGUAUUUGAUUGACAACAUCAGGAAGCGAGUUGGGGAGGUCAAGAGGAACCCCAGCCUCUUGAAUUACACUGUGGAUCCCUCAGAAGAAGGCAGAACCGCUAGUCAGCUGUAUGAGGAGUCCCUCCAUCGGGUUGAAGAAGAGGUGAAGAGGACAAACUGUACCUACGUCCUGGAUAAAUAUGACACCUUCUCAACCAAGCAAUAUUUAAUCAAAGUAGCAAAGCUGAGUCGUGGAGCUGUCGAAAUGAUUGGGGACUUGCUCAAUGAAGAUGCUGGCUAUUACCAGUCGUUCAUUGAAAGUAUGAGAGGUGAAGUGAUCUUCUCUUCUAGAAGGAGGUUUGAUCAAAUCAAGGGAGGCUUUGAUCAGCUGCCAAUAGCCAUUUACAGAAGCAUUUCGGAAAGGGUGCAUUUCGGUACCAGGGUGGUCAGGCUGGAGCAAGCAGGCGACAGCGUCACCGCUGUUUAUCAAACCGCCAACAAAGCAGUGUUCAGCGUGACGGCCGAUUACGCCGUGGUCACCGCCACCGCCAAGGCCACGAGGCGCAUCCAUUUUGAGCCGCCCCUGUCGCGUAACAAAAGCCACGCCUUGCGGUCCAUCCACUACAGGAGCGCCACCAAAGUCUUCCUCGCUUGUGCCGAUAAGUUCUGGGAAGCUGACGGGAUCCGCGGUGGGAAGUCCACAACUGAUCGCCCGGCCCGAUUCGUCUACUACCUGACUCAAAACAGUUCUGGCAGCGUUGGGGUUGUCUUGGCUUGCUACGUCCACAGUGACGACUCCCGUUUCUUUCAGGCCCUCAGCCAUGAUGACAUCAUUAGCAUCGUCCUGGAUGACCUGUCUGCCAUCCACCAGCUGCCCAAGGGGUACAUCCAGGCUGUGUGCCAGUCCUCUGUAAUAAAGAGGUGGAGCUUGGAUAAGUAUUCCAUGGCUGGCUUUGCUGCCUUCACCCCCUACCAGUUUGUCGAUUAUAGCGAACCUCUCGAGAAGCCAGAAGGCAGGAUCCAUUUCGCUGGGGAACACACUACCAAAAUCCAUGGUUGGCUGGACUCCACAAUCAUGUCAGGGCUGAGGGCAGCAAGAGAAAUAAACCUCGCAUCUAGGAAGCGGCUGCCCAGGAUCAAGCCGAAUGACAAAGAGGAACUUUAAACAGGCACCCUGCAAAAGGAGAAAAGAUCGUUUUAAAGGAAUAUCUUGACAUACAGGAGUUUUGAAUUGGGACAUGUCAAAAUAUUGCUAUGAGUUUGGGAAGAAGGAAGUAGGCUGUAUGCGAGAUCCUUGGUGUUAUGUAUUGAAGUUCUCACCCUGGCCACCAGGGGUAUUGUGUACAUAGUUUUCACUCAGGUCCACGUCAGUUAAUUUGGGCAGGAAACCCUGUGCUGUUGUUGUUGUUGUACAAUGUUGACAGCCGGCUGCAGACACUGGAGAGACCUGUCAGGAGUAAGCAUGAACCAAUGGUACCAAAUAGUGUGGGAAGCAGCCUUACUAGAAAAAUUAACCAAUAAGCUGAAAAUGACACGGGGACAAAAAGAAGAAGAUGGCUUCAUCCCGGUAUGGCUCCCCUUUAUCACAUACA